AAAUUCUUCAUUACUUUGUACCAUCAUGGCAGAAAAUUCCACAACUAAUUACAAGAAAGCUGUGGGAAUCAAUUCCCUGCUUAAGGAAUGUCAAACACUAAAUAGGACUGAUAUUUGAGGUGCUCGCCUUAUUUUACAAUAUUAACCUUGUGGGCAUAUAUAUAUACUGAUAUAGGCAUUAAAGGUUUUUUUUAAAAUGGGAAGCUGUAAUGAAAAUGUAUCGUAUCAAAAC